UGACCGAUAUGACGCUUCUGGACACCAGAACAAAUUCAUCCUCAAUAUUUCCCCAGCUUCCAGCAUAAACUGUCCACCAAAAUGGACAAAAUUGUACAUUCAGCCCUGUCAGAUCUCGGGAGCAAGCUCAAUGCCCUCCUCAGCAGCCUCACCACGUCUCCCACCGCCGUGGGAGCCCCCGCCGCCGCCCUCUCUCUGCUCGAAGCCGACGACGCGUUAACCUCCGCGGUGGAAACGCUGCGAGUGCACCAAGCGAACUAUGCCAAGAUCUUGAAAUUACGCUUGGAGGCCGAACGGCUUGAGCAACGCGUCAAGGGGAUUGUAAGGGAUAUCGAGAGCUUCGAUAAGGACAUCCGUACCACGUGCCACGAGGAUGGAGACGACAGUGACGGGAGUGAUUCUAAUUCCGAUUCCGAAGCCGAAACAAAGAAGGAGAAGAAGAAGAACCAGAAAGAGGUGGAUUACAAGCUACUGCUCGACUUUGCGCGUCGGAUCAGCAAAUAUAACCAUGAAGCCGCUGCGGAUGCGGCGGCGGGGGUUCCGCCGAAGAAAUUGCCUCCGGCGGGACACCAGGAUCAAGAUGUGGAUAUGACGGGGACCAACGGUGUGGAGGGCGGAGAGCCAGUCUCGUCGGUGACGAAGAGCGCCACGCGGUGGUUGGACGACUCGGCGAACCAGACGCGCGAGGUCUACAUGCUGCCGUAUCCGACGGAGGAGCGGAUCCGGAUGGGGAUGAUGGGUCAGAUCCAAGCCGCCGCGGCGGAGGGGAGGCCUGGCUUCGAUCCGGAGACGGAGGUUGAACGGCUGAUUCGUGAGUCGGAGGGUCUGGAGGUUGCUGCUGCUACUACUACUACUACUACUACUACUACUACUGCAGCAGGGCCAGCAGUUGGGGAGGAGAACCAAGUACAGCAUGCAGCAGAGGCGGCCAAGGCUGCUGAGAGUGUCUCUAGUUUGCCUGCUCCCCCUGGUGCUACGAGGGGUCCUGUUCCUGUGCGUGUGCAGGCAGCGCCGGCGCCAAAGCCGAAGGCUACACUGGAUCUGGACCUGUAUGACCCGGAGGAUGACGACUUUUAGCGGAUGAUGAUACAUUUGUUCUUUCGUUUCCCCUUUCAUUUUCAUUUUUCUUUGGCCCCGCUCGUUCGCCCAAAUGAUACCUGGAUAUUUGAUAUGAGCUUGCUGGAUUCUAGCACAUCAGCUGUCCACCGCUUGGGGCAACGGACCAUUUCGCCAUCUACAAAAAGAGUAUAGAGAAUCGAAUCCUAUCAUCCCGCCGACUGAGUAACUGAGGAUAGUAUCCUGACUGUUAUGACGGCGGAAGAGAGGGCUUCUGGCCAG